ACCGGAUAUGACCUCACGCUGAAAACUGUAGUUCUUCCUGGUUGAUGUGGACACAAGGAAGAGCUGCGGGACCUCCAGAGUGCUACGGUGCAUCUCCCAUUAGCACACCAUGGGCUGUUAGCUACUCUGCCUGAUAUGAACUCUGUGGAUGUUUGUGAACCCUUAUAGUCCCCCACGAAUAGUCCCGUGAAGAAGACAUGGCGUCCUCCAAAGCGAAGGUGGGAGUCCUCACUGAGACGAACUGUGUGAAAGAGAGUAAGAGCAGCGGCGGCUGUGCAGCAGGAGAGACGUCCCCGAACACCCGAAUGUACUGUCUGGACGAGCUGGAGACCGUGGCCACAGUGGGCACGGGGACGUUCGGCCGAGUCUUCCUGGUGAAGGACAAGAAGAGCAGGAACUUCUUCGCCCUGAAGCAGAUGAAGAUCCCCGACGUGAUCCGGCUGAAGCAGGAGCAGCACGUCCACAAUGAGAAGGAGGUGCUGUCGGAGGUCAACCACCCCUUCCUCAUACGACUGUUCUGGACGCACCACGACGAGCGCUUCCUCUACAUGCUCAUGGACUACGUUCCAGGCGGCGAGCUCUUCAGCUACCUGCGCAGCCGAGGACGCUUCAGCAACGCCACCGGCCUCUUCUACACCUCAGAGAUCGUCUGCGCCAUCGAGUACCUUCACUCCAAAGAGAUCGUGUACCGCGACUUGAAGCCCGAGAACAUCCUGCUGGACGGGGAGGGACACAUCCGCCUCACUGACUUCGGCUUCGCUAAGAAGCUCUCCGACAGGACCUGGACUCUGUGCGGGACUCCGGAGUAUUUGGCCCCCGAAGUCAUCCAAAGUAAAGGUCACGGCCGAGCGGUGGACUGGUGGGCUCUGGGAAUCCUGGUCUUUGAGAUGCUGGCUGGGUACCCGCCGUUCUUUGAUGACAAUCCUUUCGGGAUCUACCAGAAGAUCCUGGCCGGAAGACUGGAAUUCCCACGCCAUCUGGAUUUCUACGUCAAAGACCUCAUCAAGAAGUUUCUGGUCAUCGACCGAGCCAGACGGCUGGGCAACAUGAAGAACGGAGCCGACGAUGUGAAGAAGCACCGAUGGUUCAAGACGAUCGACUGGGACGCUGUUCCUGUGAGGAAACUGAAGCCGCCCAUCCUCCCCAAAGUGUCCCACGAGGGCGACACCUCCAACUUCGACGUCUACCCGGACGAGGACUGGAAGAAAGACCCUCCUGUGCCUCAGAAGGACUUAGAGAUCUUCAAGAACUUCUGAACCCCUCUGGCCUCCUUUAUUUAUUCUCAGCAUAUGACAGGUUACAGGUGUCGUCAUGGAGAGUAUGUAUCACAGCGCGCGGGGUCACAUUUUAUCUCUUAUUAUCCCCGUCUGAACAUGACGGACACUGUGACGUGUAUCACACCACAGGUUUGCUUUUUAUACUUUUAUUUAUGUGACUUCAGUCAAACUGUUGCAGUUUAAGUUUGAUCAUUCUGAGCCUGCUCAUAUGCAAAAAAAAGAAAAGACUGUUACUUUCUAGUUCAAGACGAAGAAUCAGGUCUUUUUUUGAUAUCUUCAUGUUUUCAUAUUUUAUCUGUUUGUAAAAAUGUUCUUGCGGUCAUAUUUAAUGUGACUCCAGACUGGUGCUCGAGCUCUCAGCUGGCCAGUACGUAUAUAAUAAUGUGCAGCUUCCGACUCAUUAUAUCAUGAGUCAGCUGCUUUAUGUGAAGAUGUGUGACCAGUGGCACUUGUUAAAGGUGCCUUACAUCAGCGUUCGAUGGGCAUGACGUCUCAGACUUACAGAAAAGUUCACUUGAAAUGUGGCUCAGGCGCAUUAGCGCUCCACGCAGGACUGAUGGAGUCUCAGAGACCGGACUCUACGAGGUCUCCUGCUGUAAACUCCUCUUCUUCCAGCUCUAUAUACCGUCUGCAGCAAGAGGACUUAUUAUCACACAGUCCCAGCUGCUCUGCAGACCACUUUACUGACUCUGUGCACACUCACAUCAUCAUCACCGUCAUCAUCAGUGACGAGUCGCGCAGGAGGAAGACUUUAGAGACUCGGAUUGUGUCAGUUGAAUCUGCACUUUUUUUUUAAUCAAAUACUUGGAACAGCCGCUGAAUCAUUACCUGCCCUCUAAAACUAACAUUUAAAGUUAUGAAAUCAUCAAAAUCAGUAAAUAAAUCAGCUUCACUCAGCUCAAGCACUCAGCUCUUACAGAGGGGCUGCACACUGAGCUGCCUCGACCUGUUCUGUUGUUGCUCAGCUCUUUCUUAGAGUAUGAUUGCGUUAAUGUUCAUCUUAAAGUCUCCAACAUGACAAGUUCUGUCCUCCUAAAAUUACAGAGGCCUAUCAAUUUAAUCAGUGAAACACUAAGUUAUAGUUUCAUGUUAUAUCCUGAAUCCAGAGAGGAUGUGCACUGAGCUGCUUGUGUCAGGAUUCUAAACGUUAUCCACACAGCACUCCUUGUCUCCAAAAAUAACAGACUUGUUAAUAGAAAGCAGUAAAACACUCAAUAGUAAGUUUUAAAUUGGACUUUUUAAAAUGCUCUUAGCUGGACAGAGAAGUCAGGAGGGCUGCAAGCUGAGCUGCUUGUUCCUUUAGUUCUUGAGUUUUUAGAAGGGGCUGCGUUAUCCUAAUAGUUCACCUGCUCUCAAAACAAAUACAAACCUUAAAGACACCUUAAAGUGCUUUUCCACGACUGCAUGUCAGGAGGGGCUGCAAGCUGAGCAACCACUAGACUUAGAUUCCCUCAGUGUCUGUUGCAGUUAAAGUGAAACUGUUCAAAUUCAGUAAAAAACACACAAACCAAAGCAUGUUGAAAAUUGUUUUAUUCAAAAGCUCUGAGUGGGGCUGAGAGCUGAGCUGCCACUAGCUUGGUUGUAGUUUCACAGCUUUUUCUUUAGUAUUCAUGACUUACAUUCAGAUGAAUUAGAAGCUGAAUUAUCCAGAACCCCCCUCUUAUAUUAAAAAUCUGACCCAGUGAGGCAGCAUGCUGAGCUGCUGUAAGCUUGUAAAUAUGUUUUGCUAAGAGGAGAAUUACCUGCUGAAGUCUCCUGCUUUUUCAAAUUAGUGGAUGACAAAUGAGUUUAAAGGAAAAGGAAUGAGAGGAAAAUAGAACUGUAGUUUCAAGGGGGCUGUUGAAGUCUAAGGAGCGUUGAUUCGACUGACAGAAUCCUGAUUCGGUUUCAGCCUUGAACCAGAUUAAUAAUACCGAGCUGCAGGAAGUGGACCUGGUCAGUAUUCGUUAUGUUUCAGCUCAUCAUGUGGUCGAGGAUUUUUUUGUAUUCGGGGAUGAUAAUGGCCUUUAAAAUAAACUUCGGAUGACUUUGUUUCCUGCCGUUGAAACCAAAAGUUGUGGUUCAGAGCUCGCUCUCAUGUUUUUGUUUCCUUGCACAAUCACCCUGCGUCAAGACCUGGACUUUUGUGUACUCUUCACACGGUGCUGAUGUCGGUCUGAACGACCAAAUGAUUUAAUUUUCCAUUCGCAGCGUGAGGACAUCCUCUCAUCUGUUGCCUUUUCUUUGUUUGCAUCCUUCAUGUUGUUUUGACACAGCGCUGAAACCCUCCUGUGCUCCGCAGCGUCUCGUUACCUCUGUGUGUUGUUGCGUGACUCGUCAGGAGUAAACACUUGAAGCAGCAGAGUGUGUUUGUGUGUCUUCUCACAACAUCCAGAGCUCACUUUGUGAAAUGUUUAGCUGGGCCUGAGCCUCAUGUUUGUCUGUUUUCAUAUGUGUUCUGCCGAACUCACCAAUGUGCACCCAAAACAGGAAAUCCAGCUCCUUCGACUGGUCGACUGACCACUUCUUAGUCUUGGAAUCCAUUCGCAGGACAAUGGCAGAAACUCAUUUGGUUUCUCUUUUUGGUCACGGCAACCCCGCCUCUCGACCCCUAUCCCCUGUCCCUCGCCCAUGGCGUAAGCGGUUUGCAGUUCCAGCAAAGAGUUGGUGCUGCUCUGAAACCUGUUUUCCUUUGCAGAGAGCCGGUUCUCUAGCAGAAACUGGUUCUCAAUUGAGCACCGGCUCCGAACCGGCCCUGAAACUGCCUUGGUGGAAAGGGGUGUGUCAGAUGGAGACAUGUUUGGGAGAUAAUAAGCCAAAGUUAGCUUCUUAAAAUUACAUACUGCUCCUUUCAAAGAACGGUGACACCUCUCUCUAAUUCAAGUAAAGUUUAUUUAUGCAGCACUUCUCACAGACGGAAGUCACAAAGUGCUUUAAUAAGACUUAACAUGCAGAAAGAGAAAUAAAACCAAGGAAUAAAGGAGCUUAAAAAGUUGUGGUGAAACAAUCCAUAGGUACACGUGUUCGUCCCGAAUACAGACAUCUAUCUGACGUGUCGACGGUAGAUCUUUAACGUGAGCUCAAACUGUGAGUCCAGUUUGCAGCACGGUGGUGUAAAGGAGAUGUUUGUAAAGACAGACACUCUUUAUCUGAUAUUUAUAUUAUUUAUGGAUAUGUAGGCUCAUAUCUGUCAUUUCUGUUCUUCUGUUUAAGGCUUUAACUCACGCUUUGUGUCCUUUUGAUACUCUAACCCAGUGUUAUAAUCUGUAUUAUAAUCUGUAUAAUUCAACCCAUGCUGCCUCUGUCUCACCUUCCUCCUGCUUUAAACUGUUUGAUCCACCAUCCUCCAUCUUUGACCCGGAUCAUGAUAAUGCCUUUAACAUCCAUAUAUCUCCCUUUAUAAACUGAAUAAUGGAACUUUAAGCAAUGUCACAUGUUUGUAUGAAAGACGGUGAAAAGAAAGAAACAUGCUCUCUUCUUCUUCUUC